UGUGAAUUCGUAUUCGUACUGAUGAAAGCGUAAUCGUAAAUUUUCAUUUCGUGAUUGUAAUUCUUGACGUCGUAACUUUUCAGUUCGUAUUCUGAUGGAUAAAAUACACACAAUCUAUUUUAUGUACAACUGGACACAUUUGAGAGUUUACAAAUACUUAUUUUAUGCGCAACUACAGCCAAAUAUGCAUGGAUUUCCCAAAUACGCACGGAUUUCUAUUUUAUGCGCACGAAUAUUUUUGAAAGCUUUCUUACUCCAUUAGACACACUUGUCAUGCAGCAACCACAGCAGGGAGAGGAGGCAGCUCUACAAGGAGCUAGCGGAUCUGGAACCUUCUCGCUCAAAUCUAUUUUUUCGUCUGAUAAUAGUCUAGUGGAUUUAGCUUUGUUAAACUUUCUCCGCCCCUCCAGCCUUUAUCUGAGAAUUGUAUAUCUUUUAACGACGGUAGAGGGCAGCAUUGCGCACUUGCCUUGUUAUUUUAAUAGAUCCAUGACUCUUGCCUGUAAGCUAGCUAAAUGAGCUAAACUGAAGAGCCGUUCUAUGUUACUGCCAAGGAUCUUUUAACAGGGUAAUGGAGCGGAGGUCGGAGGAUCAUAUCUGAGUGAUCCACAUUAGCUUCUUUUUCUUACGCGAGAAAUAUUCUAAACUGUAAUUUUACGUUAAUAUAUUCAGGCAUUGUUCUUUCCUCGUGCAUUAGUCCAAAAGUCUUGACCAAGGCUAUUACUAAGCAUUAAUAUGCCCCAGCAUGGACUUUGUCCACCACCACCAUGUCCACCGCCACGACCUCUUUUGCUUGCUGGUAGUACGCAGCCACAUACAGGCCGCAUAUAUAAGAGAAAGCUCUAUCAAAUUAUCGCCAGCAGCAUGACUCCAGUAGAGGGUGACUACACCGAGGCACGCAAACUGCUCGGGCAGCAGCAGGACAGAUUUAGGACUGAUCUUAUGUGGGUUUUAAUGAACACUUACGUGCCUUCCCUCAUACAAGAUGGUCCUCAGUGUGGCUUGGUGGCACUGUGGAUGGCUGCACACCUCCGCCAGCCUCAGCUCAAUCUUGACAUAGAGACUGUUACACAGACAGCUCUGAGCAAAGGAUACACUGCUCAAGGAGAACUUUUUUCAGCUCAAAAUAUGGCACUGUUGGCAGAAGAGAUUUGUUGCUGCAAGGCUCAAUUGCUGUCAGGUGGUUUACGAGAUGACAACGCAUUAUCCAUUAUAAAACACCUGUGGGAUCGACAGCCUGUUCUCAUACCCUAUGAUGAGGAUUUUAACCACGCACCAUGUAUGCGAAGUGGCCACAAGGCACAUUGGGCUGUUGUAUCAGGUGUUCUUCUUGGAUUGGACCGUGGGAGCCUAAAUCAACAGCAUGUUGAGCCUGACCCAUCUUUGCCUUGGCUAUACCUGCCUACUGAUGCCUCUCCAUGUCCCCUGAGCAGUUCCCCGCCCAGAGAGGUUUACUUAUUGGCCAAGCAUGGCAAGAGCUUCCGUUACCAGAUCUGGAGUUUAGACUGCAUAGCUGAGAGCAAUGAGCAACUUAGAGAGAUGGACCCCCAAAGAAGUAAUAAUGGGCUCUACUAUGUGUUACCUGAGGGAGGGGUAGAGGCAGGAUUAUCGGGCCAAGCAGUGUUGCUUCAUACAAGGUCACUGAAAGAAUAAUGACUGAAGAAUAUUGCAGAAGUGUGUCUGAAUCUAAAAAUUAAUGUACUGAAUGUACUGUAUUCUGCCACAUGUUACCUGCAACCCUGUUAUUUAUAACCUGUGAAUUUAUUUGAGAACAGUCAAAAUUACAUUAUAGUAAAAUA